UUUUUGUCAGUUAUUUUUAUUUUUGUCAAUUAUAUUAUUGCAUUAUAUAAAAAGAUACAAAAGAAAUUUAUCUACACUGCCGAAUGUAAAUAUUAGUCUAUUUAGUCUAUUAGUCUAUUAGUCUAUUUGUCAUAUUUUGUCAAUAUCAGCGUUACUCGUGUAAGACAUAAAAGCUUUUCAUUAAGAACGUAAUCUUAUUCGUAAUUGAAUAUUCGUUACUGAACAUUGUCUUAUGUAUGUUUUCUGUUCCUCAAUUUCAUCAAUUUCACUGUUUGAAUACGAUAAAUUUGCGCGCGCUCGUAUAUACGAAAAUCGAGCGCUCCUAUUGGUGCAAUAUAUUCCGAAGUUAAAUCGAGCGUGACUAUUGGUGCAGAAUAUUGUCAAAUAAAAUUGAGCGUUUCUAUUGGGGUUCCUAUUGGAGCGUUCCUAUUGUUACGUCAAAUGGAGCUUUCCUAUUGGUCCGAAAUAUUAGGAAGUCUUAGUUUCGUGUCGUGAGGUGUCAUUGUAGUCUUGAAAGUCGUGGAGCGAAAAUUCGACUCGUCGACCGUUACCUUGUCAUUAUUAGUACUUUGAUUUCGACUUUAUCAACAUUUCUACACUUCUAUCUGCUUCAUUUAAAUAAUUAUUGGCUGGUCAUGUGACUGGAAAAAUAGAGGUUCACAUUACAGACGCCACAGAUGAUUAAUAAUCGAUAAUUCGAACUGAUACGAAAUGGAUGACACAUUGAUUAAUAAUGAAUUCGUUGGUUUCCCAUGCAGAUUUGUGGAAAUGAGCCAAUAAAUGCAACAAGAUACACCAAUUGUGGUCAUUUCUUUUGUAAACAGUGUGUUGGGAAUGAUUCACUAUGUAUAAUAUGUAAGGUACCUGUACAGCCCAUUGAAAUAUGUAGCGAUCAUGUAAUUGGGAGUCUUGUAUCUCACUGCAAUAAUAUCGCAGAAAUAAUACAGGAAAGAGAUUUAUGGAAUGCAGCCACUACUUCAAAUUCGAUACAGUCACCUAACAGAAUCAAUUCUACAGUAUGUAAUUUAAAAUAUCGCAUACCAAAAAAAAAUAUUAAUAAACAGAACAGUAAAGGAGAAACACAAUUACAUACUGCGUGUUUGAAGGGGAAGAUACAAGAAGAUCAUAUAAAAUUUCUAUUAGCUGCUGGUGCAAAUCCAAAUACAAAGGAUUAUAAUGGUUGGACUCCUUUGCAAGAAGUUGUAAGUUAUGGUUAUAGCGACAUAUGUUAUUUACUACUAAAAUGUGGUGCAUUACCAAAUACACCUGGUGAAGGAAACAGAACGGCGUUACACGAAGCUGCUAAAGCAAAUAGAUUGUCAGAAGCAAAACUGCUAUUAAAAUAUUCAGCUAACAAAAAUGUGUAUGAUGAUUAUGGAAAAAGACCUAUAGAUUAUUGCGAGCCACACAGUAGGAUGUGGAAUAUUUUGAAAGAUGAAAAUGAAUUGGAUAAUGUACUUGAAACCACCAAAGAUCUUAGUCAUACUUUAAAUAAAUCACUUUCCAUGGCAUUUGACACGGUUGUUAUAUAUAUAUCAGAUUUACAAGAAAAGAAUAAAAGAUAUCUGAAUGAAAUAGCGUCAAAGAAUAAAAUUAAAAUUGUAUCUAGAUUUCAAUCAUCUGUGACUCAUGUCAUAGUAGAAGCUAAUAGUGAAAAUGUCGUACAACCGUCAUAUGACGUAAUGAUGGCACUUUUACACGGAUCUUGGUUACUUAAUACCGAGUGGAUUCAAUUAGGAAUGGAUAUAAGCGAAAUACUAAAAGGAGAUUUAGAAAUAUUUGAAGUUAGUGGCACACCGAUUAAAGGUAUCCCAAAGAAAGCUAGAGAAAAUGCACAAAAACAGAAUCCAGGUCUCUUCAAUCGAUGUUAUUUUUAUUUUGCGUGGCAGUCAAAAAACGUUUAUGCAAAUGGUAUACAAUUAACAAAAGAGGCAUUAACAGCACUAGUACAAGAGGGUGGUGGAACAGUUUUGAAAAGAGAACCAAAUCCAGAAAAUAUAAAAGAUCAGGGAUUAUUUAUUCCUUUUCACAUUGCGAACGAACCUACUCAUUCUUUAUAUAAAUGUACACAUUAUAUCAUAUAUGUACCAGAAAGAGAUGAACCACGUAUAAAAUAUAAUAUGCCUCAUAUAAAAACACUUCCGCUUAUAUGGCUAAUUGAAUGCAUAGAAAAAUUUACAUUAAUCGAUCCAUUGCAUUUAGGUCUACUUAAACUUUAAUUAUUAUUAUAUUUUGUGUCUAUAAUUGCUGUACUAGAACUAAUAAAGAAGUGCUAUUAACUAGUAAAGUGUAAUUUUUAUAUUGAAUAGAAUAUUGUAUAUUUUGAUAUAAUUAAAUAUGUUGGAGAAUUUGAAAAAUGUGACGAAUUAUUUAAAUAUACUAAAAAAAAAUUUGUUUUUACAAUUAAUAGUCUUGUAGAAUAUUGAAACAAAUAAUAGGGUUUCAAGUUAUUUUCUUGUUUGAACUUUUUAAGGAGACGUAUGUUAAUGUAGUACUAUGAUUACGAAGGAUUGACCGUUGCGCAAAGAACGAUAAAUUCCAAAGGGAAAUAUCGUACGGUAUCCCGUACAUUUACGGGUAAAGUACCGCUAGUCGUGCACAUAUACUUACAUCUACAUGCGGUGAGAAAGAGAGAACGGAAGAAAAAAGUUAUAGGGGAGUGAGAGAGAGGCAAAGAGGAAGAGCAGUGCGAACAUGAAAGAUAGGGAAAAGAGAGAUUCCGAUAUAGUUGAGAUCAGAUAAUGAGGAAAAUCGAAUAUAAGUAAAAAUUAAUAAAUUAGAGAAUAUAUAAAGCAAUAAAUAACAUAAGACAGUAAUUAAAUUUAAUGAAAGAAAACCGAGUAUAACGAUCAUCAUCGAAAUGGUUCACGCCUAUUUGUGUUAUAUGUUAAUGCUAUUACACUAAUUUUAUUGAUAAUAUAUGCUAGUAAAUGGCUCAUUCUUCAUGGUUUGUAAACAUACUUUGAUUCAAAGCUGUUUGUUAAUCUAUUGUCAAAUAAGUGAGUAAGGUAAACAGGAAAGAAACAUGUAUAUAUUACGGAUUACUAAUAAAUUGUAAUAGCA